AAAGUCGAGGAGCCUCUCAUACUAAAAAACAUUGGUACAGGUCCAUACCACUAUAGUGAUACCGUGAUCGAGCAAUGAAGACAAAACACGUGUCCAUCAGGUUCAGACUCAGAGAAGCGGCGGAGCCACCGCCGUGAGAAGUUUCGCCUGUCAUCAUUGUCAGCAAGAAAAUUAUACAAGCGUCAACCACAAAGCUUCGUUAGAGAGAGAGAGAGAGCAGGAAUCGAAAAUACUCAGAACAGUGAGGGCUGCGAAAUAUCUUUCAUUUGAUCAUCGUUUCCUCUUCAUUUUGUUUAAUACAUAUAUACUCCAUAUAUUGCAUUUGACAUUUCUAUCUUCUCACCAAACUCGAACAUACAAGCAUCCGUAUGCGGACUACGGAAUAUUAUCGAUUAUCAUUUUCCUUCUAAAUUCUUAUACUCAGUAUAUAAAUACGAAAAUUUAUGUCCAACGAUUUUUUGCUCAAUAUUCAGAUAACGAUAGAGAGGUGAGCAGAUUCAAAUGGGGACGAAUUUGUGAAAAACGAGAGCAGAACCCUAAUUUCCGCAAGUUCGCUGUGUUCUUUUUAUUUUAAUUGAUUUGCUGAUUUUCUUGUUCAUGUACGUGAAAGUUCUUCGUUUUACCUGCUCCUAGCUUAGGUUUAUACUGGAUGUUGUUGGAUUUGAGCAUUUAAUCAAUAGAAGUUGAAAAGUUUCAGAUCCGGAGAAGAACCGGGGAUAUUUGGAAAUAGCUUAAUAUAAGAACAAUGCCUUCACACUCGGACCUGGAUCGGCAGAUCGAGCACUUGAUGGAUUGUAAGCCGUUGACAGAGCUGGAGGUGAAGACUCUUUGUGACCAGGCAAAGGCGAUUCUGGUGGAGGAAUGGAAUGUGCAGCCCGUGAAAUGCCCAGUUACUGUGUGCGGAGACAUUCAUGGCCAGUUCUAUGAUCUCAUCGAGCUGUUUCGGAUUGGCGGCAAAGCUCCUGACACCAACUACCUCUUCAUGGGUGAUUACGUUGACCGUGGAUACUAUUCAGUGGAGACUGUUACGCUUUUAGUUGCUUUGAAGGUCCGCUACAGAGAUAGAAUCACAAUCCUUAGAGGGAAUCACGAGAGCAGGCAAAUAACCCAAGUGUAUGGUUUCUAUGAUGAAUGCUUGAGGAAGUAUGGAAAUGCCAAUGUCUGGAAGUAUUUCACUGAUCUCUUUGAUUAUCUACCUCUGACAGCACUUAUUGAAAGUCAGGUGUUUUGUUUGCAUGGAGGACUUUCACCGUCUUUGGAUACACUUGAUAAUAUUCGAGCUCUAGAACGCAUACAGGAGGUUCCGCACGAAGGGCCAAUGUGCGAUCUUUUGUGGUCUGAUCCAGAUGACCGAUGUGGUUGGGGAAUUUCUCCACGAGGGGCUGGGUACACCUUUGGACAGGAUAUAGCUGCUCAGUUCAACCACACCAAUGGGCUCACUCUCAUCUCACGAGCUCACCAGCUCGUUAUGGAAGGAUUUAACUGGUGUCAGGACAAGAAUGUGGUAACUGUAUUUAGUGCUCCAAACUACUGUUACCGGUGUGGGAACAUGGCAGCAAUAUUAGAGAUAGGGGAAAACAUGGAUCAGAACUUCCUUCAAUUCGACCCUGCUCCUCGACAGAUCGAGCCGGACACCACCAGGAAGACUCCUGAUUAUUUUUUGUGAUCUAUUUAAAAUAUUGCCUUCUCAUUGUUUACAGCCCUAUAGAAUCUGCUGCUGCUGCUGCACUGUAGAUCUUUGUUCUUUUCUUUGGGUUCUUUAUGUUAAUACAUGCUACAACUGUAUAAUCAAUCAAUUCUCCUUUUUUGAGUUUUUAGCCAAAUUAUUGCUAAAUAAAUAAAUAUUUACGAAAUUAGAGUUGAGUCAAAAC